UGAACUCGUAGGCCAGUUUCUUACUUCAACUUCCAAAACCUUUGUGGUUUAUUUCCUUUUUCACUUCCCCAAUGGCUGUUUUUGUAUUUGGGGUAUUUCUGGUGGCCUUUGCUGUUAUCUCAUACCUAAGUCAGCGAAGCAAGAUUGGAAAAAGUAGUUUCCGUCAGUUUCCGGGACCGUAUCAGUUGCCUUACAUUGGUCGCAUUCAUGAUUUGCCUGUCAAAUAUAUGGUGAGUGUGGCUUGUGGGAAACUGCCCAUCACUGUCUCCUGUACCAAUUCUCAUUUCACAUGAUGGUUGUAUUUUCGCUUACUGAUAGCCAAUUCUGAUAACAGUGGUUGAAGUUCUUUGAGUGGGGAAGAGAGUAUGGACCGGUUUACAGAACCUCGAUGAUGGGAGACAAUUUCAUCAUCAUCACAGACGAGAAGGUAGCGGAGGAACUUCUUGUCAAACGAGCCAAGAUAUACUCUGAUCGACCAGCCUUCACAUCACUGUUUGAUUCCAAAGGAAAUGAUGGGCCAGAAGGUCAUCUUCCACUCCUGGGUAAAAACAGUGCGUUUAUUGCCUCCGGUACUUCGUAACAAAGCUUAACAUCAUCUCCUAGAAUAUUGGUCUCGACAGCGACGUCUCAGUCAUUCGUACCUCAUAGACGCGAGGAACAAAUUCUACAAUGGAAUAAUGAACCACGAAGCGAAAAGAUUUCUCUACCGAUUAGUCAAUGAUCCAGAUAACUUUUCCAAUCACCUCGAAAAUAUGGCAUCGAAAGUAGCCUGUGAAAUGGCAUAUGAUGAUUCUAGCUCCAGCACCGAAUUGACGCAGCAUUCACUGCGACUACUUACACAGAUAUCGCCAGCAGGACCUAUUACAAAUCUGGCGACCCCUUUAUGGAAUCUCCCACUGUGCGUCAACCCAUGGAAACGAGCUGAAAUCAAACGUCACGAUGAGGAAAGGAAGUUUUGGAAGGGAGUGAUGGCAAAUGCUCGUGCUAAGUGGGAGAAGGGCGAGUCACGAAACUGCUUCGCCAGGAAAUACUUCGAAUCACAGACCAACUUAUCUGGGGACGGCGAGGCCGCUUGUGUCUUUGGGAUGGUUGCUUUGAUGAGUAUCUUUACAGUUGGAGGACCUCUGCAUUAUUUUUUGAUGGCAAUGGUCCUCCACCCAGAAUGGCUAAGAAAAUGUCAAGAGGAGAUCGACGAGCAGUGUGGCGGGAAAAUGCCCACACUUGCCGAUUGUCCCAGGCUUCCGAUCCUGAGAUCUUGCAUAUUGGAAACGAUGCGAUGGAGGCCGAAUAUUCCUACAGGUGCGAAUAGAGUACUUGCUUCGAAAUUUUCAAAUUCUGACUGGUUUCUUGUGCAGGUGUUGCUCAUGAAGUGGAAGAAGAUGACUGGUAUGACGAUUGCUUCAUUGCAAAAGGGUCGCGGAUCCUCCCACUCGAAUGGUAAGUUAUCGCAGUUCACAUUACUCUUGGACUAUUGUACUUAAACUCCACUCCCAGGGCUUUCUUACGCAACCCAGAGAAAUACCCGGAUCCAGAAAACUACCAUCCAGAACGAUAUCUAUCCUCAGAUUGGCCAACCUAUCGCGAACCACUUAGCAUUUAUCCCAACAUGAAGACCUUCACAUCCUUUGGCUGGGGUCAACGGAGAUGCAUGGGGCAAUCUCAGACGCAGGAUGAGCUGCUUAUUGCUUGUGGUGCCCUCUGUUGGGGUUAUAACUUGAAGAAUAAAAUUGAUGUUGUGACGGGGAAGGCGAUUGAAAUUGACACCGAAUCUUCGAAUUCUUUGCUUAUUAUGAAGCCGAGCCCCUUCGAGAUGACAUUCGAACCACGAAGCGAGAAAAGGAGAGAGGUGAUGAUUGAGCAGUGGAGGUAUGCUGAGCAGAAAGAUAUGGAAGCCCGAGAGGACUUUUUAAGAAUGGCGAGGAGGGAGAAGUCGUUCAUGACGGCUAGAUCAACGAUGCUCAAUCUAUGACUUUUAGAAUAAUAACGUGAUAGAUAGAUAUUUUGAGAACCCGGCUUCAAUAAUUUGUACAAAUCCAUCUUUUCUUUCCAAAUAAGC